AUGGCCCGAGACGACGAAGAGUUGAGGCGGAUCCCCAACGAGCGGCCGAAUAGCUUCUCGGUCCGUCCAUUGUCUCUUUCAUUGAAUGGAAACGAAGUCGAAGUCAUCGAGGAGAGCGUUCUGUGAGUUUUGAAACUAUCAAAUUUUGAAAAAAAGUUUUUAAAUGAGUUCCUUGUAACAAAAUUUUUCGAGAAAAAGUCUAUAAAAAUGAUUUUUUUUGGAUAAAUGCUAACAUCUCUGAAUUCCUUCAUCUUUGCGUGGGUCUCAACCACUAUAUUCGAAAGAAAAAAUGCAAAAAAAAAACUUCAAGUCUAGAAAAAAGACUUAGAAGCCUUCUAAUGUAUCAUCUUUUUCUCAGUUUGCCCAAUAUUUUUCAUUCGCUGAAGCCUUCCAACAAAAAUCCAAUCCAAUCGCGAACAGCAUUUUUUUAUUUUAAUUAAAUUUCAGACGUUCUCUUUCUACGGGAAUGCUCAAAUACCCGGAUGAAGACCGAGAAUACACAUUCAAUUACACCAACUUGAUUGACCGCGGAACGAUUGGCAGCGGAAAUUUCGGGACCGUCAACAAAAUGAUCCAUAGAGACACCGGAAGGGAAAUGGCCGUCAAGGUAUGAAGUCUGAAAAAGGCUGGAUAUUGUUUGUUCGAAAAAAGUUGUAUUGCAAGGUAGUUAAAACUGGAAAAAUCACUUGAUAUAUCGAGAAAAGUUGAAUUAAAAUUGCGCCCGAUUAAAAACGGCUUGCGCUGAUUUCAUGAAACACUGAAAUCAGCGAAGAAAAAAAAAAUCUAAUCUCUUUGAAUCUUCAAAAUUUACAUAAUCUUUUGAUUUUUCUGUUUUUUUUUCAUGCCUGAAUGGAAACCAUCGGUUUCUCUUCCUUAUUAGUACAUCAACUAUUGCUCAAACCCAUAAUUAUGAAGCGAGUGUUUGUUUUUGCAGAGAAUCCGUUGCAACAACGUCGAUAAGAGGGAUCAACAGCGGCUUUUGAGGGAGCACGACACGAUUGUGAAAUCCGAACGCGGGCCAAACAUUGUCAAGUUCUUUGGAGCCAUUUUUCAUGAGGUUUUUUUUUUUCUCUCAAAUAUUAUUGAAUCGAAUUAAUGUGAGGAGAUAGGAAAUUGAGGUCAAGACGCAGGUAGAGUAUGUUGCGAAAUUUCGGGACAUACACACAACUUUGUGAUGAAAUACCUUGCCGAACGUCGAAUUUUGAGCUCUGAGCUUUGUUUUGUUCAGAAGGUCUGAGAGGAUUAGAUGGAUAAAAAAAAGGUUCUGAUUAUGUUUUUCGACUUUUUCUCGGAGGGCUUCUGAUAGAAAGAAUAAGCAGAAAUAAGAAAUAAUUCACUGGGAGAAUGUCAAUAAAAUUUAAAACCACACAGGGGGACAAGGAACCCAAUAAAUUUUUUUUUUCAAUUUUUACAACAUUUUCUCAACUCAAAAAAUAUCAAAAACAUAAUAAAAAAUGUAAAUGGAAACAAAAUAAGAAACAGUUUUUUUCAGGGAGAUUGUUGGAUUUGUAUGGAGCUGAUGGACGUCUCAUUGGACCCUCUUUACAAAAGAGUUUACCACGAAAAACACAGCCGACUCGAAGAAAAUGUCAUCGGCCACAUUGCUGUUUGCGUGAGUUUCUACGAACUUUGUCAAAAAAUCACACGAAAAAUCAAAAAAUAGAAAAAAGAUGGAAGCAAAAGAAAGAAAGGAAAGAAGAAAGCUGAGCUUUUUUCUGGAAGGCAGGUAAGAGUGGAGCCGAUUGGAGGAAUCCGAAGUGGCUGACGCACGAUUUUUGGGUUUCGCAACUCGCUGAAAUAAUCAUCGAUGGCGUGGCCUUAUAUUUUUUUGUACAGUUUUCUUUUUUCCGUUUGAAAACUUUCUUAACGCAACUUGCGGUUUCAGCUGACGUUAAGAAUGAAUAGGUUGGAAAAAAGAUUCCGAAAAUGUUUGUUGGAAUUACUGAGCAGAAAAAAAAUAUUCAAGCUUCUAAAAACUGGUGGUAUGGAAAAAAAGCCAGCAAAAAUUUGAACGGUGACUUUUUCGAUUUUUUCGUAUUGCUAGGGAACUUUUCGACGGCCACUUUUCCGACUUUUUCCCCUCAUAUUUUUUUUUCAUUUUUUGCUAUUUCUUUGUGUUCUUAACAUGUAUAACUUGCCUUCUUUAUAUAGGAAGAUUCGAAACGAAGAGUUUAUCGAGAAAAAAUUCCGUCGGAAAGGUGGCCUUCCGAAAGUUCCCUAGCGAUAUGAAAAAAAUCGAAAAAGUCGUUGUUUAAAUUUUCGCUUGUCUUUUUUCAUACCACCUAAAAAUUGUCACAGAAAUGUUUCUUAAUUUAAAAAAAAAGUUAAUUGUUCGUUACAGACCAUCGAUGCCCUGGACUACUUGAAAAAGGCGCUCUCUAUUAUCCAUCGAGGUAUUUGUCCCUUUUCUUGAGUCUUUGAUAUUUUUUGAGUCUGAUUUUAGAUGUGAAACCAUCAAAUAUUCUGGUCGACCGAACCGGACAAGUAAAACUUUGCGAUUUCGGAAUCUGCGGCCAGCUAGAGGAUUCGGUUGUAAAAACUCACGACGCCGGGUGUCAGCCAUAUUUGGCGGUGAGUUUUGAAAGAAUUCUGAUUGAAAUACUUUCAUAACUCUAAAUUUAAUAUCUGAAGCUCAAAUUUUUUUCUAUAAACAUGUUAAAAAUUUAUCUCAUAACUUUGAGCUCCAGGUUUAGACAGCUUUUAAAACUCUCUUUUUUUGCUCAUUAUUUCGCAAUGACCCUCGGUAGAUUUUUCUCGGAUGUAAGAACUAAAAUUCAGAUUUUCAGUUACAUUCCUCAUAAUUCUCAUUCAUUUUGAUAUUUUCAGCCAGAACGAGUAACAAAUUACGGUCACUACGACGUACGAGCCGAUGUCUGGUCAUUGGGCAUCACUUUAGUGAGUUUCAGUUUUAAAUUCCGAUCCUUCAUUAUUUUUCUUUCAGUACGAAAUCUCCACCGGUGUCUUCCCUUACAAGGAAUGGGUGUCCCCUUUUGAUCAAAUCACAGCAGUGAGUAUAUUUAUAAAAGAUCAAUAUGAUCAAUUUGCGGUUGAGGUUGUCAAUGGCGAUCCUCCAAUUUUGAGGCCCAAUGAAGGACAAUUCCACUAUAGUCUACCCCUUGUCAAGUUCGUCAACACCUGGUUAGUUUUCUCUAUGAUUUUUGCUCGAUUUACCGAAUCUAGGCGGCCAGGGUCGCAUUUGGAAUGGCUGAUAGCAGCUUAUCCGUUUUUUUUUCAAUUUUAGUCCAGCUUCCAAAAAAACAAAAAUUUUGUGCAGGUUUGACUUUCAGUGCCUUCAUAAAGUACAUCAAUUAAACAUUUGGCUAGUUUCCGGGAAAAUAGAAAAAAUUUUAAAAAAGGGUUUCUCAAUUUGUCGAGCCAUUCCAAGCGCGACUAUGGCGAUCCAAGCUACAAAAAGGAAGAACCGAAAAAAGUAUCUAACAUAUUUUCCUUUACAGCUUGACGAAAGACUUUAAGACAAGACCAAAAUACGACGCUCUGAAAGGAUUCGACUUCUACAGAAUGUUGGUUUUUUCCAUCACUUCCCAUGAUUUUUCGAUUUUGUUCAGAUAUUCCGCUGGAGGCCCUGCGAUAGAAGCGGCCAAGGAGACUUUGGGAGAAAUGGCCCUUGAUUGUUUGGCCAAUCCAGUCGAAAUUCGAGGAUGA